UUCAGUUGCUUCCGACUCUUUGUGACCUCAUGGACCAGCCCACGCAAGAGUUUCUUGGCCACUUCCAGCUCUUUCAAGGUCAAGGCAGUCACUUCAAGGAUACCAUCCAUCCACCUUGCCCUUGGCCGGCCCCUCUUCCUUUUUCCUUACAUUUUCCCAAGCAUCAUUCUCUUCUCCAAGCUUUCCUGUCUACUUAUGAUAUGACCAAGGUACUUCAUCUUUGCCUCUAAUCUCCUUCCCUCCAGUGAGCAGUUCGGCUUUAUUUCCUGGAGUAUGGACUGGUUGGAUCUUCUUGCAGUCCAAGGAACUCUCAGAAUUUUCCUCUGGCUGCAUGGGACAAAUCCCUUCAUCCUACAUGUGACAGUGGUGCUAAGAGCAGCUAUGGGUAGUUCUGGAGUCCCAGAAGAUUGAGGAAGUAUUUCCAGGAAGAUUUGUUUUAAAAGCAUUUGGAGAGGCUUACUAUAAAAAAGGAAGGAAGGGGAGCUAAGGUUGAAGUCAACUAUAAAGGAUUUUCGACUAUUAACAUAGGUAUAAGUUCAUGGACUUCUAAGAGCAAGGGGGUUAGUGUUAUCCCAUGAGAGGGAAAUUUUGGGGGGGGGAAAUGAGGUCAGCAUCUGCUUGGUCUCAGGGUGCAUCUACACUGUUGAAUGUCAUGGAACCCAGUUACAGGGCUUUGGUAAUUCAGCCCUGUAACUGGGAGUCAUAACAUAAACAAUCCCAGGAGCACCUGGCAGAAGAAGAUAGAAUAUGCCUGGGAACUUGGGGCCGAAAGUAUAAACAAUUAUAAUUGGUUGAGUGUGUGAAAAUGGUAGUAAUGUGAUAUUGGGGGUGGGACUUGAUGAUGAUAUUUACGUGUGGUGUUACGUAGCAUCAAAAGUUAUAAAAAUAGUUGUAUGUAAACAUUGGGUCAUUCCUGACUUUUCCAAAGUCAUGUGUUCUUCAAUAAAGAUUGGAUUUGAGAGCAGCCAUCUCUGAUCUGCGUUCGUACUGAUCCUUUGAAGUGAGCAGGACAAUUAAGUCAGGAAUCCAGUUCUCACCCUCCUGCAAAUUUGCAGUGAAGUGAUAAUGAGCAGGGAAGGAGAUCAAAGCCAUGACGGAGCAAAGGGGCCUCCGCUGGGAGCUCUGCCGUUGGCAGAAGAGACAUUGCAAGCCAUAGCUUCCUCUACGGGGUACCCCAAGCCGGACGGCGUGACCCAGAGGAUUCCCAGAGGGGGAAGAGGCGUUCCGGCGGCGGCAGAAACCAGUUGGGGAUCUGGAGGAAGCAUGCCGGAGACCGUGGCCCUGUGGUUAUCCAUCCUGGAAACUCAUUUAUCCAGGCUGUCGGAUACCGUGGGGAGAAUAGUGCCAAUAUUGGAAGAGAAUCUCCAAAAAGAGCACAUCCGAUAUGGCGCCGAGAGAGAGCCAAGCAAAGGAGGCGAUUGGAGCCAGAGGGGACAGCGAGCUUCAACGCAGAGUCCCGCGGCGGUAAGGGACGAGGGAGACGAGGAAUAUUGGCAGGAGCUGGAGUUCAGAGACAGAAUGGCACGCGAAGUGGAGCGCCAGCGAGCUCUGGGAACUCUGAGGCCGCCAUCUCCAACAGAGCUCCCAACCCCCCGGAUGGGCGUCGGGGUGGAAAGACCACUGGGGCCAGGGAUCGGGUCCAGUGGAUUAGCAGACGAAGGCGGAGAGGAGCAGGAGAUCCAGGAAGAGGAGGAGGAUGUGCAGUACGACGGGGAAAGGCGAGAUGCGGGGGCUACAGCGAGGCCAGUAUGCGGAUGGGGGGAAGGGCCGACAGCGGCGGCAGGAUUUCGGGAGCCGCGCAGAAUGACCACCGGAGUGGGGCGCGGCGUGAUCCAAGGAAACCCGAUGCAACCCUUCCCCAUGCCUCCCAGACAGCAUCAACGGGCCGCUGAAUGGAUGCCAAGAAGGGAAGAUCUCAAGCUAGAAUACGGAGGGGAAUCAGCCAAACUGAACUUUUUUCUAAUUAGCAUCAGGGGAUACAUGGAAGACAAUGCACACACAUUCCCCUCCGAAGCAAGCAGGGUUCGGGCCAUCGGCAACACACUAAAGAGAGGAGCGGCCAGCUGGUAUGUGCAACUACAUGCCAGACAGGACCCAUGCCUGAGGUCAGUGCCCCGCUUCCUCGCCGCACUGGAAAACCGGUUCAGAGACCGGCUAGAGCAAUUGAGAGCUCGAGACCAGCUUAGAGGAAUAAAGCAGAGGGACAAAACGGUGCCCGAGUACGCAGAGGAAUUCCUCCACCUCGCGGAAAGGGUACCAGAGUGGUCUGAAGUGACCAAAGUGGAAUUAUUUAAAGAGGGACUACGCCCCGAGAUUUUCAGCUGGGCAGCGCACAGAGAUGACCCCGAAACGCUCCAGGGAUGGAUUCAACUAGCGGGGCGCGUUGAAUCCACCCUGGCCCAAGUAAAGCGCUUCAGGAGCAGCGGCGGCCAGCAAAGACCGGUGGCGAGAGGUCGAGGAGAAACGAGGAAGCAGGAAAGACCCGGAGGGAGGCCGGGGAUUCCCUCCAGAGGAGACGACAACAAACCUAAACCGGGAUGCUUUGUAUGUGGGAAGACGGGCCAUCGAGCAGCAGAAUGCUGGGCACGGAAGGGGGAGCCGCCAAAACCCUCAAAGCCCAAGCCAGCAACCGGGAGGCGUGCGGAGGAGGAGGUGCGAGCCCCAGAAUCUUCAGAAAAAUUGGCUUGUGAUGAAAGAAGAACCGAAGAGGAGGACGAAGAAAAGGAGGGCACCAUGUCAUGGAACCCAGUUACAGGGCUUUGGUAAUUCAGCCCUGUAACUGGGAGUCAUAACAUAAACAAUCCCAGGAGCACCUGGCAGAAGAAGAUAGAAUAUGCCUGGGAACUUGGGGCCGAAAGUAUAAACAAUUAUAAUUGGUUGAGUGUGUGAAAAUGGUAGUAAUGUGAUAUUGGGGGUGGGACUUGAUGAUGAUAUUUACGUGUGGUGUUACGUAGCAUCAAAAGUUAUAAAAAUAGUUGUAUGUAAACAUUGGGUCAUUCCUGACUUUUCCAAAGUCAUGUGUUCUUCAAUAAAGAUUGGAUUUGAGAGCAGCCAUCUCUGAUCUGCGUUCGGACUGAUCCUUUGAAGUGAGCAGGACAGUUGAAUCUAUGCUCUUUGACACCACAUUAACUAUCAUGGAAUCAUGGAAGUUAUAGUUUUAUGAAGACUGGAGCCAUCUCUGCCAAAGAGGGCUGGUGUCUCGCCAAACUACAAAUAACUGAAUUUCAUGGCAUUGAGCCAUGGCAAUUAAAAUUGUAUCAAACUGCAUUAAUUCUGCAGUGUAGAUGCACCCUGGUUCAUUAUAUUUGCAAUCUCUAUCCUUAGACUGUGUUUAAAAUGCAGGUACAAUGGCCAUAAAUUCUGGAUUUUUCUGCUCCUGCCAUCCUUUGUGUUUUCUUUUACCUACUCUGAAUUUUUAAACAUUCAAAACUUUGCAUUGGAUUUUUGACAUUAUCACACUAGAGUUUGGAUCCACUUUAAAUCCACUUUAGGGAGGGGCCUUAAACAGCUCAGACAAACAGGUCCUGGGCCUUACUAAACUACAAACCCCAGAAUUCUGCAGGAGGCAGAAACCAGAUUUAAAGUGGAUAAAUAUUCAAGUGUGAUGAGGCCUUUUGUGAUAUCUUGGGUUAGGGGGGUUUUUU